AUGUCCCACGGCGAUCCACAGGCCCCGGCUCAGCCCCAACCACCAUCUCUGGCAGGCGUCGCCGUCAAGCUUCCACCUUACUUCGACCGUAACCCGGCAGUCUGGUUUCUUCAAGCGGAGGCCCAGUUCAACCUUGCCGGCGUGAGCUCACAGCAAACCAGAUACUAUCAUGUCAUAUCAGCCCUUACACCUGCUGCUGCAGAAGAGGUGUAUGACAUUCUUGCGGCCCCUUCACCCACAACCCCUUACGACCAGCUGAAGAAAGCGCUGCUCCAGCGAACCACGGCUUCUGACCGAUCUCGCAUCCAGCAACUUCUAUCUGCUGAGGAGCUGGGGGAUCGUCGUCCAACACAGCUUUUAAGGCGCAUGCGUCAGCUGUUGGGUUCCCAGCCGACAGCGACCGACGACACCUUCUUCCGUGAACUAUUCUUGCAGCGCUUGCCGCAGAAUGUGCAGAUGGUUUUAGCCACUGCCUCUGACAUGUCCCUGGACAAACUUGCUACCCUGGCUGACGCUGUGUUUGAGGUCGCCAACCCCGCGGUUUCUGCAGUCAUCCCCGCCACCUCUCCACAGCCGUCGCCAUCGCCACCGACGCAGCCGCCGCAUUCCUCUGAUGUUGCGGAACUUUGCCGCGAGGUCAAGAACUUAACCGCACUUAUUGCCGCCUCCCAUGUCUCGCCACACGUCCGCGAUUCCUCUCGCCGCCGUACAAGUCGCAGUCCUCGUCGUUUCCGGCACCGUUCACCGACUCCACGCGAUUCCAGCCCAACUCAUACAGUCUGCUGGUACCACCGGAAAUUCGGGGCCGAUGCACGGCAUUGCUUCCUCCCAUGUUCGUGGCAGCCGGGAAACCCUGCCGUGGACCAUUGAUGGCGACCGAUGGCCCACACCCUUCGUCCAGUCGCCUUUUCUACAUCCGGGACAUCACUUCGGCACGACGUUUCCUGGUCGACACAGGUGCCGAGGUGAGCGUUAUUCCCGCUACCAAAGGAGACCGACGGAGCCCUGUCAUGUGCCAUCUCACAGCGGUUAAUGGCUCACAGAUCCCUGUUUUUGCACAACGUUCUCUAACGCUAAGCCUUGGCUUGCGCCGCACAUUUCGCUGGGUGUUCCUGGUGGCCAGUGUCUCCCAACCAAUCCUGGGCGCCGAUUUUCUGAACCACCAUCACCUCUUAGUGGACAUGCGUAACCGCCACCUCAUCGAUUCCAGUACCAACCUUGCUGUGUCCGGAAUAUCGUCUUCACUUUCUUCUCCGGGAAUAUCAUUCUUCCAUGACGAGACUAAUCCCUUCCAUGCAAUCUUGAAGGAGUUCCCGGAGCUAACUCGCCCACCCGAUUGGACCAGCCCGGUAAAGCACUCGGUCGUCCACCAUAUUGGCACCAAGGGGCCGCCGGUUUUCGUUCGCCCACGUCGUCUCGCACCGGAAAAACUGAAGAUAGCCCGUGACGAAUUCAGCCACAUGCUGGACAUGGGUAUCAUACGGCCUUCGUCUAGCAGUUGGGCUUCCGCUCUUCAUAUGGUGCCCAAGAAGACAGGCGACUGGCGCCCCUGCGGCGAUUAUCGUGCCCUCAAUCGUGUCACAAUACCAGACCGUUACCCUAUCCCGCACGUGCACGAUUUUACGGCUUUCCUGCACGGAACCACCAUCUACUCGAAGCUUGACUUGGUACGAGCCUACCAUCAGA